GACCCGGUGGAUUCGGAGGCGGCCUCCUCCUCUCCUCCUCCCCUGCACAGACCACUCGUUUCCUCCACAAAGAGGGAGGGAACAAGGGAAGGGUGUCGCCCGCCCCCCACCCCGAUCUGCCUCCGCCGCUCCGCUCCUCCGCGCCUGCGAAAUCUACCAACGCUAACUCAGCAAGAUGGGUGCCGGCGGCAGGAUGACGGAGAAGGAGCGGGAGGAGCAGCAGAAGCUGCUCGGCCGCGCCGGCAAUGGCGCGGCCGUGCAGCGGUCGCCGACGGACAAGCCGCCGUUCACGCUGGGGCAGAUCAAGAAGGCCAUCCCGCCUCACUGCUUCCAGCGCUCGGUGAUCAAGUCCUUCUCCUACGUGGUCCAUGACCUCGUGAUCGUCGCCGCGCUGCUCUACUUCGCGCUGGUCAUGAUCCCCGUGCUGCCGAGCGGGAUGGAGUUCGCGGCAUGGCCGCUCUACUGGAUCGCGCAGGGCUGCGUGCUCACCGGCGUGUGGGUCAUCGCGCACGAGUGCGGCCACCAUGCCUUCUCCGACUACUCGGUGCUCGACGACAUCGUCGGCCUCGUGCUGCACUCGUCGCUGCUCGUCCCCUACUUCUCGUGGAAGUACAGCCACCGGCGCCACCACUCCAACACCGGGUCGCUGGAGCGCGACGAGGUGUUCGUCCCGAAGCAGAAGUCGGCGAUGGCGUGGUACACCCCGUACGUGUACCACAACCCGAUCGGCCGGCUGGUGCACAUCUUCGUGCAGCUCACCCUCGGGUGGCCGCUGUACCUGGCGUUCAACGUGUCCGGCCGCCCGUACCCGCGCUUCGCGUGCCACUUCGACCCCUACGGCCCGAUCUACAACGACCGGGAGCGCGUCCAGAUCUUCAUCUCCGACGUCGGCGUCGUGUCCGCGGGGCUCGCCCUGUUCAAGCUGUCGUCGGCGUUCGGGUUCUGGUGGGUGGUGCGCGUCUACGGCGUGCCGCUGCUGAUCGUGAACGCGUGGCUGGUGCUCAUCACCUACCUGCAGCACACCCACCCGGCGCUGCCGCACUACGACUCGAGCGAGUGGGACUGGCUCCGCGGCGCGCUGGCCACCGUGGACCGCGACUACGGCAUCCUCAACAAGGUGUUCCACAACAUCACGGACACGCACGUCGCGCACCACCUCUUCUCCACCAUGCCGCACUACCACGCCAUGGAGGCCACUAAGGCGAUCCGCCCCAUCCUCGGCGAGUACUACCAGUUCGACCCGACGCCCGUCGCCAAGGCGACAUGGCGCGAGGCCAAGGAGUGCAUCUACGUCGAGCCUGAGGACAACAAGGGCGUCUUCUGGUACAACAACAAGUUCUAACUGCUGCUGCUGUGAAAUCAGCAUCACACAUCCAUAGCCAAGCAGCAAACAAAUUUGAAGAAGAAGAUUACAAGGGAAGAGAAGAUAGUGUCUUCGGAAAUCGUCGUAGCAAGUAUCCAUCCAUCCAUCCAACCCAUGAACAAUCGUCUAUCUAUCCAUGCAUCUAUCUAUGGUUAGUCUCUUUAGAUAGGAGAGGGCACUUGGGCACAGAGGAAGGCUAUUGCAGUGCCAUUGCUAGAGUUGCCAUCAAGUGCAAAGUAGGCGGAUCAGGCGUGUGUCAUGCCUGUGGAUUUGUAGUCUAUGUAUGUGUCAGCUGCUGAGCUCCGGUGUCGCAGCCUUGGUCCCUGUCGUGUUAUUUCCAUCGUUUUUUUCCCUCCGCCAUUGUUCGGUUUAGGUGUUGUCAUGGUCGGCGUCCGUGUGGACGACGUGUCUUGUGCGGUUUGUCUGUCAUUGAGUUGGCUCCGUCCGUUGCUUGCUGUUGUAAAACGCUUGUGGUGUUCAUGGCGGAAUAACUAAACGUCGAAUGGAAUGACAACUUUUUUGCGUAGUA